CUUACUUCCCCCAAGAUACUACUAGGUACAACCCCAUCUUCAUCACCUCCAUCUCUAUAUCACAACCAUUGAAACUUGAAUCUGGAUAUUGGUAUUACUAUUGGUUUUUAGGAAAGGUUGCUUUCUACGCGUCGAGCCCAGUGUCGAAUUCUUCACCAUGAAGUUGUCUGCUACUGCUACCGUCUUGGGGUUGCUUCCCUUGGCCCUGGCCGAAUCGAUUCUGGUCACGUUCCCUUCAGGUACCCCUGACUCGGUGGUUGAUCAGGCAAAGCAAUCAGUUAAGGACGCUGGUGGCAAGAUCACCCAUAAUUACACUUUGCUCAAGGGCUUCGCAGCCGACACCAAGGACGAUUCGGUUCAACAGCUGUCGACUGAAUUCGCAGCAUACAAUCCAACUAUUGAGAAAGACAUCACUGUCACUAUCCAGUAAUGGGAUAUUGGAUAUUCCGAGAGAAGAAGCUCCCUUUUCUCCAUUCCAUAUUGGUACUGAAUGAUGGAUGGUUCUCCCGCUGGUUUCGGGGCUUGACCGUUGAUGCUCGAUAAUGGAUGAAUAGAUGGGGGAAAACUAGCCUAGAUUGUAAUUCAGGAUUUCUAUGUAUCAUUGUCUUUCUCUGUUUUGAGAAAGGGAGUAUGUGUCUCGUCGCCUGAAUGAACCAUGUUAUGGACUUCUAAAGCCGGCGACUGUUUCCCAUAACUCAACAAACAACAAAAUCACCAUGACAUGAAUAACUGACUUGGAUAAUUCGUCACAAUUUUAAAUUUUAUGAACCACUUUGAUCUUUGGUGGGUGUUGUUUCAUAUGGUGGAAGUAGAAAAUAGGAAGCAACGCCGUGGGUGA